AUGGCGGAACAGGUGAUAGUUGAACAGAGGAAGGGGAUGCUGGCGACGUGUUUAGUAUCCUCGGAGAUUUCAUCCCCCCUGCUAGCACCUGAAGACGCCCCAGUCAAUGGCGGCCGUGCGCCCCUCUCAGCUGCUGUUGUAAAUCUUCACAAGACAAAUCAGGCUGUGGCACCAGUCUCAGUGGUCCCGCUACGGUGGCGGGCCAGCAGCCACGUGCGACCACAGCAGGAUGCUGAAGCGGAGUGCGAGGAGCCCGACGCGGACGGAUCGCACCUUACUGUUGUAACGCAGCGUGGCCCCAUUCACAAGGCGAGCGGUGACUGCUACAAGCAAGUCUCGCCGUCCGUAGGUGCUGUUCGGCCAAAUAUGUCAGCGAGAGUCACGGGCCCAUACUUCUCUGGAGGUAAAAGUGAGAACGCGGGGCGCCCAGGCACUAAUGCCGCUCUGUCACAAAGACCGUGGUCUUUAAGCCAACCCCGAAUUGAUAAUACUUUGCAACGAUCGAAUGAAAGAUCAUCAAGUGAGACACAAAACGGUGAUAGGGUCUCUGCUAGACGUAAGUUACGGCGCCGCCACAGCAGUAAUGUGCAAGGCAACAAUAACACGAACAACCUUGCAAAAUUGGACGGGAGCACGGAGAAUAAGCCGAACUCUUCUCCCCCUGGCGCUGUUGAUGGUGUCCGUUCAGCCGCUGGCCUCAACGGUUCCCUGAUACCGGUGCGUCUGACAGAUCUGGAGCGGCCUUUCGCGAAGCAGGGGCAAGUGAGUGUCCGAUCCAAGCAGAGCGGUGCAAAAAGUGCACGAAUUCGGCAGAAAAUAGUCAAUCUUUCUUUGUGCAAAUAUUCACUUCUUCGUGUCAUUGCUGAGGAGCAAGGGUUUAAGACGCAGGAAACAGAGGAGGAAUUGGAGAAAAAUCAAUUCAAUCUCAUAUGGUCUGAUACAGUGCUCCCUCUUACGCGUCUGGUCCGUAUGGCAAGCUGGCAGCGUACAAAUCACUUCCCCUCGAUGUAUCUGCUCUGCCGCAAAGGGCACCUGGGCAUUACACUCGGUAAGAUGCGCAAGUUGUUGCCCUCACACUUUCUCUUCUACCCGAGGACAUGGUCACUUCGUAGCGAUCGACAUCAGUUUUCUCGUUUCAUGAUGGCGUUACGAGCCAAGAGGGUGUCCAAGUUUUUUAUUCUAAAACCAAAUUCCGGCUGUCAAGGCCGUGGUAUUGUUAUUUCUAGAGAUCCAUUAAACGCUGUGGAGGACUUGGAUAACUACAUUGUGCAGGAGUACGUUACCAGGCCACUUUUGCUGGAGGGGCGUAAAUUUGAUCUUCGUGUAUACGUGUUAUUAACUUCCAUUCGCGCCCCCUCCAUAUUUAUGUUUAAAGACGGACUUGUGAGAUUGUGCGCCGAGUUGUACGAAAAGCCGACGGACAGUAAUGCUCGUAACGCGUGUAAACAUCUGACAAACUAUGCCGUGAACAAGCACAAUCCAGAGUAUGUGUUUAACGAUGAUGUUGCAAAUGGAAAUGUUGGCAACAAGCGGAACUUUAAAUUUUUAAAUGAAUGGUUAGAGUCAUCGGGAAAGCGCCCAGAGGACUUUUGGGAGGCAGUUGCUCAUCUCAUUUGCAAAACCAUCCUUGUUGCACAGCCGCAAAUUGCAAAUGUCUACAACUCAUGUUUUCCUCGGCAAAACGAUGGCUACAACUGCUUCGAGCUCUUGGGGUUUGAUAUCCUCAUUGACCACAAGAUGAAGCCGUGGCUGAUGGAAGUCAACCACACGCCGUCUUUUUGCACCGACACCCCGCUUGACUACGAGAUCAAACACUCCCUUGUUAAAGAGGUGUGGAGCAUCAUUGACGUGAAGGCAACCGAUAAGAAGUAUGUCGAGAAGAAGGAACGGGAGGGAUUUAUGCAGCGUGUGAUGCGACAACCGAUUGCCGCACAAAAUGUGACAGGAGUCAAAGGCGCAGAUGGCAACGACACCGCAUCGUCAUCUUCGAUGCCCGCCACGGUUUACCCGCAGCAACAGCAGCAACAAAUAUCCAACAUAAUCGCAUCCCUCCCCGUGGGAACACAGGAUCAGGCGAUGGAGAUGGUCAAGUUAAUUGAAGAGCGUCGUGCUCGCGAAGACUCCAAGUUGUGCAACUUCCAGCGCAUCUACCCCACAACGAACGCUGCAAAUCAGCUCAUAUACGAGGCCAUCCUUGCGCAGGCCCGAACCCAGUGUGUCUCACCGCGGCCAGCCUGGGUGAGUUCGCCGACACCAGCAUCGCCACAGGCAAUAGAGGAGCGUUCCCGGCGUUUUGAUGCCUCAUCGGUGGGUUUUGCCACGCCCCAGCGCAUUACCCCAGCGGUAAUGAGCGUGAGAGACCGAAGUAAUUUACCGACACCUUCUGAAUCAGCCACAGAUUCCCUAAAUUUACCCUCAAAUUCUUCUACUCUCUCAAGGGGGCAACAAAUGCAGAAGCUUUGUGAAGAAAUGAGGCAAACUCAGCGCCAUGCCAAAACGACCCCGCGGACCGCUCAUGUUAUCAACCACACACUUCAAAAUAACGGUGGGGCCGGCAACGAAAAUCAACACUCUACGGAUGUACCGUUGAAUUCACCAUCAUCGGCCGAAAAGGCAACGAAUAGCUUGGCACAGGAGAGGAAGCGUCCGGUGCUGGCCCGUCUAUCUGUGAUGGGAGAUGCUGAAGGCCCUUCAAGAAAGUUACAUGUUAUCACCGCGAGACUGACGCCCUGUGGACCCCCUAACGUAAUCUCCCUUGACAGCUCUGCCACAAACACAGGGCGGAUUGAAGCGAUGCGGAGUCUGCAGGAGCGUCUUGAUCAGGAAGCUGAAUGUGAGCAUUCUCCGUCCUCUGGGAGUGCCGAUGAAAAUUCAUUUGGCUUGGAUGAGGAGUAG